UCUAUUGGUGGAGAAUGCUACUGUUUUGCCAUAAAUCACCAUAAAAACCCUUAACUUAUUUUUUAAGAAACCUAGUUUUUGUUAAAAUUAUUGGGCUUGGCUUGAAUUGGGUCAAGGAUAGUUUGUAAACCGGUUAGUUUCACUUUAUCUUUUGCCAUUUCAAAAUCAAUCAAAUAAACAAUUCUUCAAUAUGAUCAUCAUCACUUUAGCUUUGCCUAUUGUGAAUUGAUCAUCAUCAUCGUCGAAGAGCUUCUAGAUCGGGAUUAUCCUAUCACCUCCGAAUUACUAAAUCUUUCGUUCCGAUUACAGUUCAGGAGAAUGAGAAUAGUGGGUCUAACGGGAGGCAUAGCUUCUGGGAAGAGUACAGUCUCCAACCUCUUCAAGGCUAAUGGCAUUCCUGUUGUUGAUGCUGAUGUCAUUGCUCGAAAUGUACUUAAGAAAGGAAGUGGUGGAUGGAAGAGAGUAGUUGCAGCUUUUGGAGAGGAGAUUCUUCUUCCUAGUAGAGAAGUGGAUCGGCCAAAGCUUGGUCAGAUGGUCUUCUCUUCCGAUUCCAAGCGCCAACUUCUCAACAAGUUGAUGGCUCCGUACAUAUCCUCUGGUAUCUUUUGGGAGAUCUUGAAAGAAUGGGUAAAAGGAGCUAAAGUAAUAGUCGUCGAUAUCCCAUUGCUGUUCGAAGCUAAGAUGGAUAAAUGGACUAAACCCAUUGUUGUUGUGUGGGUUAGUCAAGAGACACAGCUCACUAGACAGAUGGAGAGAGAUGGACUGAGUGAGGAAGAUGCAAGAAACAGAGUUAUGGCUCAGAUGUCUUUGGAUUUGAAAAGAGGCAAUGCUGAUAUUGUGAUUGAUAAUAAUGGCGGUCUCGACGAGCUCCACCAACAGUUUGACAAGGUUUUGUCUGAGAUCAGAAGACCAUUGACAUGGUUUGAGUUUUGGCGUUCAAGGCAAGGCGCCUUCUCGAUCCUUGGCUUGGUGACUUCGGGACUAUUUGUUUGCAAACAACUCAAUUAGCUCGUUGCCAUUUUCUAUUUUUUUUUCCUUUCUCUAUGGCGCAAAGUUAAACCACUUUUGUUUCUUAUUUAUAAUCAUUACAACUUUCAUUUA